AUGGCCGAGCUUACCAUCGGCAGUGUUAUUGCUCUUACGGAUGGUCGGCAGGCCACCGUCCGGUUCAUAGGAGCUACGAGCUUCGCCGACGGCGAGUGGAUUGGGGUUGAAUUGACCGACGACACCGGCAAGAACGAUGGCUCCGUCCAAGGUGAACGGUAUUUCGACUGCGAACCAGGCUUCGGCAUGUUUGUUCGCCCAACCGCCGUCGCCUCCACGCCUUCCAAAUCGCCUACAAAACAGUUGACGUCCGCAACGCCUGCCAGCCGACCUUCUAUCAGCGGCUCUUCACGACCCUCUGUAGCCGCACCAAAACCUCGGCCUACUACCACGAAGCCCUCCAUGGGCCCUCCUACACAAUCUACCACAUCUCGAGCGGCUCGUACAUCCUUGUCGGGACCAGGAAACAAGACAAAUAGACAGAGUUUACAGGGAACUGCGGGAACGACAUCCUCAGGCUUGUCCAAGCGGCCGACCCUGCGACCAACACCUACGACAAGAACAUCUGAAGAACCAAGCCCUGCAACAGAGGGUUCCGAAACCCUUUCCAAUGAUGUUGAAGGUGACAUUGAGGAGGAUCUUGGACCGCAGCCUGCACAUCCAGCACGGACUAGCUCCUCGCGUCUAUUGUCGGGACAAUCUGCAUCGCCACGACAGUCUCAGAACAUGGCAAUAAACAGGGAGCUUGACGAAUUGAGGACCAAGCUGAAAGUGAUGGAAAAGAAGCGGGUUGAAGACCGAGAGAAGUUAAAGGACAUGGAGGCCUUGCAGGCCGAUCGUGAUAAACUGAGAGGAAUCAUCCAUACACUGCAAGUGAAAUACAAGCCGCACGAGCGUAACUUGGCCGAGUUGGAAGCAAAGCUUAAAGAGGCUGAAGCGAGAGUGGAGGAGCUCGAGAAACUGAUAGCAGAACAUGAGUCGCUAAUGGAAAUUGCGAGUUUGGACCGCGAAAUGGCGGUAGAGAUGGCUGAUGCGCAUAAGCUUGAAUGUGAGACUCUGAAGCUGAGAGUGGAGGAGCUCGAGCUGGAAGUAGAAGUGCUGAGGGAGGAGAACGAGGAAUUCGGGCAGACCAUGAGCCCAGAGGAGAAAUCCAGCCAUGGAUGGUUGCAGAUGGAGAAGACAAACGAACGACUACGUGAAGCACUGAUUCGCCUCCGUGAUAUGACCCAGCAGCAAGAAGCGGAGCUGAAGGAUCAGAUCAAGGAACUUCAGCAAGAUCUCGAAGAUUACGCUGCUAUCAGGUCGAAAUAUGAGGCUACCAAAGAGAAACUAAUGAAGUCGGAGAGUAACCUGCAAGAGGUCAGAGAACGAUUGGAGACGGUUGAGGGUAACGAGCAGUUGGUGGAGGAAAUGGUCGAGAAAAACGCUGAUCUAGAGCAACAAAUUGCCCAGCUCAAAGCGGAUAUUUCUGACCUGGAAGUGCUGAAGGAGAUUAAUGACGAGCUCGAGUGGAAUCAUGUUGAGACGGAGAAGCAAUUGCAAGAGGAGAUCGAGUAUCGGGAAACGCUCUAUAACGAUCAGGUGCACAAGAUUUCGCAGCAGGAUGAAGUGAUUGAAGAUCUAGAAUACACACUGACGCGUUUUCGAGAGCUUGUUUCUAAUCUGCAGGCAGAUUUGGAGGAUAUGCGGGCGUCGCAACAAAUAACGGAGGCAGAGGCCACCGACCUUACAGCACGUUCUAGAGCGAUGAUGGAUCUGAACCUCAAACUGCAGUCGUCAGUCGCAAAAGCCCAGACAAAAACGAUCGACAUCGAGCUCAAACGCAUAGAAGCCGAGGAAGACUCUCAACACUUAUCGAUUGUGAAGCUGUAUUUACCGGAAUACUAUGAGAAUGAACGGAAUUCUGUCCUCGCACUAUUGCGCUUUAGGCGAGUCAGGUCGAAGGCGUCAUUAAUGGGUAGCACUAUCGAGGGAAUGAUAUCUGAGCAAGCGUCUGUCCCUCCUGCUUUGGAGGACAUCUUUAACGCGCCUGAUGUCUUAGAGAAGCUUCUCUGGAUAGACUCUAUCUGCGGUCGAUUUGGGAGUUACAUCGCAAAUUGUUCUGCUGAGAGCUUUUCCGAUAUCCAAGGUGCUUUCUACGAACUGGAACCGGUUGAACGUACGUUGAAUUUCUGGCUCGAAGGCCUAAAGAAGAACGAGAUAAACAUGAAAAAGUGUGCGGUGGAAUUACAGAGAUCCAUUGCUCUACUUUCGCAUCUGGCAGAGACACUUCUCCCAACUUCCUUGGAGACAUUUGCUGAUGAACUCUGUAUGAGCACGACAUUGACCCAGUCAUACAUUGAGAAUUCAGUGUCCUCAAUGUCGCGAUUGCUCUCAUUACUGCAGUCGAAACUUCCGAAAGCCGAGGAAGGCGAUGAAGAAGCCUCGUUUUUGUUUAACAAGAUGGAGGGCUUUAUCUCUCAGGCUCGCAGCUUGAAAGUUGCUACAGUGAAGAUCAACCGUGCCGUUGAUGAUUUAAGGUCAAGGUCCCUGGCUCUUUCUCAUGAUGCGUGUGGUCCUUUCAAGCAAGCAGAGAAUGCUGCCAAAGAUCUUGCAAGCUUAUCGCGACAAAUGGGUGAGAAUAUUGUGCAAUUAAUUAGCGAUGACAGUCGUGCGGAGCCCAUUUCCUUGCAAGAGGUUUUGACGAACAUGUCUCAAAUAUCUGCAUUGUACCAGUCAGAAGCCGCAGAGAACAACGAUGGCAUGUCGCUCAUUUUCACCAUGCUACGCAGCCUGAGCGGCACUCUCGAAGAACUCGGUUCUAUUUCGUCUGACUUAUCAAUUACUUCAGAAUUCGAGAAGCGUCCCUCGCCUUGGAUUGCACGAGCCGCAGAGCUCAAAUCUAACAAAGCAAACUCUCCAGAUGCCGAGGAAGAAAUCCGCCGGCUUAAAAAUGAGAUCCACGAGGCGUCUACGGCACUGGGCGUCAAAGACAAAACAAUUGAGGAGCAAGCCAUUAAGGUAGAGCUCGUCGAAUCCCGCAUGCGUGAGGCAAGCAAGAAGGCGGCUGCUGUAAGGGACUUGGAAGCAAAGAUUCAGGAAAUGACAACAAAAGAAUCUGCUCUCCAAGCUGUAGUGGAAAACCAGCGCAAAGACUUGCAAAAUCUCGAGGCCGAACGGGACGAAAUUAAAGCCCAACUCGACAGAGUAAAACGACUUUCGGGAACCGCUGGAGCCGCCGCAUCCCCUGGCACCGUCGUUGACAAUGCUGCCUCCCUAGCAGCUAUGCAAGAAAACGAAGCUCUCCGCGCAGAGAUCGCAUCCCUCCAGUCCGCUGUCCGCUUCCUCCGCGAGGAAAACCGCCGCCAAACAAUCCUGGAUCCGUACUCUGUGCAACGCUCCUCAGAACUCUACGCCUGGCUCGAUGCACCUCUUACGAAGAAACCUGUCCCUCCAGCCCAGCGCGAAAAGAUUCAGCAAACCGCAUCGGAAAGCCGUGAUGUCCUCUCGCAUCUUCUCAAACUUACUAAAGAGUCUAGUAUUGCUGACCUCAAGGCCAGCCGCCCUAACUCUGGCACCGCCAGCGGCUGGCGCACGUCUAAGGAAAAGCUCAAAUACCAGGUCCUCCAGCAGCGCGAGAACUUUGAACGGUGGGCUGAGUGGAAGAAUGAGGUUGUGGGUCUCGAACGCGAACAGGAUAGACUUGUCGCUGCGAAGCAGGAGAGGGCUGCGAGGGGUGGACGUGCAGGGGGCCGUGGACAUGCUUCGCAUCCGUCUAUGGGAUACGGAAUGAUGGGACGAGCGUGGCAAAUCCUUGGGAUGCCACCGGAUCGCAAGGCAAAUGCUGUUCAGCCUGUUGAGCCUGCUAUUGAACCGACCUUUUAG